AUGUCUGCUUUUGAUCUGACAAGCCAGAGCAUGCAGUGCACAGAGCCUGAGAGAGAAUAUGUUGCCCCACGGAUAAAACUGAGGGAUGAAGUGUUUGUCUUGAUGGAUGGGAAAUGGGUGAACGAGAUCUACUGCCAGCCACCCCUUGCUGCCCCCCAGAAACUCUUCCGCAGGAAGGCACAGCAUGAGUGGAACAUCUGGGAGGAGAACAGAGCUCUCUGGGAGGAAAACCAAGUCCUCAGGAUUGAGAACAGGAUGCUCUGGGAGGAAAACAAAGCUUUCCAGUGUCUCCAGUCACAGAACGAGGCUGCCCCCCUUAUUUACACUGAUGCCAUUCAGCAAAGCCUCCAAAAGGAGAACAAACCCUUCCCAUUCUUCCAAGAGAGGAACACAGGCUUUCAGGUCAACCCAGACAACGAAGUUCUCCAGGCAAUCCAGGAGAACCAUAGAGUCUUCAAGCAUUUUGAGCAGAAUAAAGCAGCCCCCAUCACCUGGCAAGACCGAAAAGCCAUCACAGUUUGUGAAGAGAGCCAAGGUGCCCUCUCAGAUCUUCAGGAGGAUGUUGACACCUUUGUAGAUGUCCCAGAAGGUAACCCUGGUCCCCAGCAGGAACAUGAAGCUGAAAAGCAGAGCACCACUCCAAGCCAGAAUAAGACCAAGUCUGCCCCAAGCCCACCAGGUGAGUUUGAAAUCCUCCAGGCUCUUCAGGACUUAUAUGAAUACCUCCAUGUCUUCCUGAAGGUCAACGAUCUCCCAGGGGAGAGACAGGACUGUCCCAUGCUCUCCAACGUGGGCAGAGCCUUCCAAGAAGAUUACAAGAAGCUGAAGCUGCAGUUGAAGGCAGUGAAAAAUACUGUGUCAGACAUCAAGGCUCAAAUGGAAAUGCUGGAAGAGGAGCUCAUGGCCAUCACUGCCCCGAUGCAUGAAGAAGCAGAGUAG